AAAAUAAUCAACUUACAAAUUGUCCUGAUAUAUUUGGUCAAACAUUUAAACAACUCAUCCUAGUGAUAAUUGAACUGCCUCUCCAGCAUCACAAUGGCUUAUUUUAUUAUUUCAAAAUAUGCGUUAUUUUUGUGAUUCACUUUAUAUUCAUACAUUUAUAUGAAAAACCCCCACCGAGCUUUAUCGAAUUUCGAGUCCCUUGGAAGGGCCAGACCAAAGAAUUUUGCUGGGCUUUUGCGGUUAUCCCCACCUCAGAACUACGAGCUGGGACAAGGGCAAGUUUCAGAUGUGGCAGAUUAACUGGUCAUGUUUCACACCAGUCUUCCCACCAAAACCCUUCAAGACAACAACACUCAGACAGAGGAUAAAGCAAGCAACAUACAAAGUGUGCCCCCAAACAUAAUGUUCCAGCCAACAAGAUUUAGCCGAUUUCAGGUUCUGCCUCCUGUGCUGUGUACACGCCGUUUGUACAUCUAUGUCAUAGUCCUUCUGGUUGUUGGCCUCCUUGUGCUUUUGCUGCGAACCAUUGCUUCCAUGCGCCUUGCAUUCGUCCAUUAUCACUUGGAGUCUGACACUGAUGGGGAAUUGGUUAUUUUGCCAGAAGAGUUUACGCAAUCAAAAGGAGCUUUCUGUCUGGAUGGUUCACCUCCUGCUUAUUAUUACCGACAGAGUGAUGUACCUGCAGUUCGAUUUUGGAUCAUCCAUCUUCAAAGUGGAGGAUGGUGUACCACCAAAGAAGAAUGCUAUGAUAGGAGUUUCAGCAGCCUUGGUUCAAGCCUGAAGGCACACAUAUCACAGCCACUAAGAGGGAUAAUGUCUAGUGACUGUAAUGUCAAUCCCAGUUUCUGCAUGUGGCAUUUUGUAGACUUGCUAUAUUGUGAUGGAGGAUCCUUUCUGGGAAACAGGACUGAACCUCUGUUAAUGAACUCCAAGCAACUGUACCUGAGAGGAGCCAUUGUGUUUGAUGUUCUUAUUGACUACCUGAGGACAUACACUUUGUUCAGAGAUGCAGAGCAGAUAAUAUUAACAGGCUCUUCAGCUGGUGGACUAGGAGCCCUCAUUCAUGCUGACCGUCUUCGUCAACGUUUGCCAGAAACAGUGAUCACACUUCACCUGGUGAUUGAUGGGUCCUUGUUCCUGGAUGUGCUGGACAUCAACGGUGUCCCCACUAUGGCCAACUUACUUCACAACAUGUACUCACUGCAUCAUGCAUUUAAUUCAGCUGGCAUCAAGGAGUGUACGCGUCUAAUGAAUCAAGAAGAAGAGUGGCGAUGCAUUCUUCCAGAAUUGUAUCACAAGUUUGUCUUCUCUCCCAUUUUUUUCAUUAACUCUUUGUAUGACACAUGGUUCAGAGAUAAUGCAUUGGGUAUUAGUUGCUCAGCACAGGAGUGUCCGUCUACACAUCUGACGCAGGUGGAAAGUUUCAAGAGUAGGCUUUUGCAAGAGGGGAUGGAGAUUCUGAAGCUGAAAAAGAAUGGUCUUUUCUUCACUCCUUGCCCAGCACACACUUUUCUGAUGUCUCGACGCUUCUCACUGAUCACAGCAAUAGAGCACUCUGUUCAGCAAGCUUUAAGUGCCUGGAUCAACCAUCAAGGCAAUAGCCGUAACUUGGCAGAAGUUGUUCCUUUGCAAGAGGCUUUAAAGAAGUGUCCAGACAUGAAGGUUUGAUGCUGAAGGUUUUGUGUGCAUUUGUGUUGAUGCAAACGUGGAUACAUACAGGAUAUAAUGGAGAAAGGCAGGAAAAAGUUAGCUUCUUGAUGAUUUUUAGUGGAGUUCUUUAAAGCCCACAUCAUUAGCCUCAAGAAGAGCAUUAGCAUGGAUUAUCACCUCACUGUUAAGGGGUUUGCACAAAGUAUAGAAAGAACUUUGUUGUCAGAAUUAUAUUCUGGCCAUAACAUGAUCAGCAAAUAAAGCACCCUUAUGAACCCAGCAGUUAAAUGAUAGCAAAUUAAUCAACAUUUAAAAUAAUUAUAAUUCAAAAUAAUUAUUUUUUAUAAAAUAAUUUUUUUCAUUAUUAAAAAAUAUUUUAUUUGAGUGCUCUGGAUCUCUUAAUUGUUGUCUGUAACUUUGUUCAUAAACUGCUUUGUAAAAUGAGGUUGUCGGGAAGCAGCAUUUGUUCAGUCAUACUCAUGCAAACAUUAUUUUCAGUCUCAGAUUUAUUUACUUGCGUACCACAGUAUGGUGCCAUCUUGUUCCUCCAUUAACACAUAAAAUAAGAUGCAAAAAUGCUAACAGCUGAUGAAUGAUGGCAUUUGCUCAGAACACAGUGAUGAUAAUUUUUUGAAACUUGUUUUCACUCAUUCCCCCAUGCCAACCUGCUUAGGAUAUAUGAAUUACAGUCCUAAACAAAAAUCGUUUGCAUUUUCGAGUGUAUAACAGCUAUUGUAAAUUUGUGUUCUUAAAUAGGGUUGUAAUCAAAAUAAAGUGUCUGGUCCACGAAGACAAGCUCAGUACUUAACAGAAAAAAAAACUGAAUCACAAUUCAAGAAGUUAAAAACAAAGACAGCCUACAUCUGAAGCAUAAGUACAUGAUGCAGCAAUGUGCUGGAUAAAUAUCCAUUUGUUCUUGGGUAGAAAAAUUGAAAACAGCAACCUAGCGAAUAGAACAAAGGCAGAGAUUAAUAUAGAUAAUAAAAAUGCAUAUGAAAAAAGUGGUCUCUUCCGUAGGCAGUCAGCAAAAGGGGUGAUUGCAGUUAAAUUGCAGAUCUAAGGCAACAGUUACCAGGACAUGAUAAAUAUGGUCAGGGAUAUAUUUUUUCCUGUGACUAAAACCCUUUAUAUCUAAGAGGACAUAUCAUGUCUUGCAUAAUAUCUAUAUAGGUUCGGGGGAAAAUCUUACUGAAAUAAUUUAGCUUUGCAGCAGACAAUUCCUGUGCACUUAACAAUACCAUUGAUGAACAUGGCUUG